AAAAAAAAAAGCAGCGAUAGAAACGGUGACUGAAGUUUAGGGAGGAAGCGAACGCUGUAGUUUAGUCUGAACUCUGCUGUCGACAGGAAAAAGAAGUUUUGACUCCGGCGACGCUGAUUGAGCCCUGCGGUUGUUGAUAGCCAUCUUCUGAAAGGCGAACAGCAACCAAAAACCAGCCACCAUGUCAGAUGCGGACAAGUUUCUGUACGUGGACCGCAACCUGGUCAACAACCCGCUGGCGCAGGCCGACUGGGCCACCAAGAAGCUGGUAUGGGUCCCCUCGGAGCGCCUGGGCUUCGAGGCCGGUUCCAUCAAGGAGGAGCGCGGCGACGAGUGCACGGUGGAGCUGGCGGACUCCGGGAAAAAGAUCAAGGUGAACAAGGACGACAUCCAGAAGAUGAACCCGCCCAAGUUCAGCAAGGUGGAGGACAUGGCCGAGCUCACCUGCCUCAACGAAGCGUCUGUGCUGCACAACCUGAAGGAGAGAUACUACUCUGGCCUCAUCUAUACGUACUCCGGUCUCUUCUGCGUGGUGAUCAACCCCUACAAGAACCUGCCCAUCUACUCCGAGGAGAUCGUGGAAAUGUACAAGGGCAAGAAGAGACACGAAAUGCCCCCCCACAUCUACGCCAUAACCGACACGGCGUACAGGAGCAUGAUGCAGGAUCGGGAAGACCAGUCUAUUCUUUGCACAGGCGAGUCUGGUGCUGGUAAGACGGAGAACACCAAAAAGGUUAUCCAGUAUCUGGCUCAUGUUGCUUCCUCCCACAAGACGAAGAAAGAUCAGGGUUCAUACCUGUCACAUGGGGAGCUGGAGAAGCAGCUACUGCAGGCUAAUCCCAUCCUGGAAGCCUUUGGAAAUGCCAAAACCGUCAAAAAUGACAACUCUUCCAGAUUUGGAAAAUUCAUUAGAAUCAACUUUGAUGUCAACGGCUACAUCGUUGGUGCCAAUAUUGAAACCUACUUGCUGGAGAAAUCCCGUGCCAUUCGCCAGGCCAAAGACGAGAGGACGUUUCACAUUUUCUACUACAUGCUCACAGGAGCAGGAGACAAGCUACGAAACGAGCUGCUCCUUGAAAACUACAACAACUACCGAUUCCUUUCCAACGGAAACGUCACGAUCCCGGGACAGCAGGACAAGGAUCUGUUCACAGAAACCAUGGAGGCCUUCAGGAUCAUGGGGAUUCCAGAGGACGAGCAGAUCGGCAUGUUGAAGGUGGUGGCCGCAGUGCUGCAGCUCGGAAACAUGAGCUUCAAAAAGGAACGGCACACAGACCAAGCCUCAAUGCCUGACAAUACAGCUGCCCAGAAGGUGUGCCACCUCAUGGGCAUGAACGUGACGGACUUCACCAGGGCCAUCCUGUCCCCCAGAAUCAAAGUGGGCCGAGACUACGUCCAGAAGGCUCAGACUCAGGAGCAGGCGGAGUUCGCCGUGGAGGCCCUGGCCAAGGCUACCUAUGAGCGGAUGUUCCGCUGGCUGGUCAUGAGAAUCAACAAAGCGCUGGACAAGACAAAGAGACAGGGCGCCUCCUUCAUCGGCAUCCUGGACAUCGCUGGCUUUGAGAUCUUCGAGCUGAACUCCUUCGAGCAGCUGUGCAUCAACUACACCAAUGAGAAGCUGCAGCAGCUCUUCAACCACACCAUGUUCAUCCUGGAGCAGGAGGAGUACCAGAGGGAGGGCAUCGAGUGGAGCUUCAUCGACUUCGGCCUGGACCUGCAGCCGUGCAUCGACCUCAUCGAGAAACCGGCCAGUCCUCCUGGUAUCCUGGCUUUGCUGGAUGAGGAGUGCUGGUUUCCCAAGGCAACGGACAAGAGCUUUGUGGAGAAGGUGGUCCAGGAGCAGGGCACACACCCCAAGUUCCACAAGCCCAAGAAACUGAAGGACGAAGCAGAUUUCUGCAUCAUGCACUACGCUGGCAAGGUGGAUUACAAAGCGGAUGAGUGGCUGAUGAAGAACAUGGACCCCCUGAACGACAACGUCGCCACGCUCCUCAACCAGUCCACCGACAAGUUUGUGUCUGAGCUCUGGAGGGACGUGGACCGCAUCGUGGGCCUGGACAAAGUGUCCGGCAUGUCCGAGAUGCCAGGUGCCUUUAAGACCCGUAARGGCAUGUUCCGCACUGUGGGCCAGCUCUACAAGGAGCAGCUGUCCAAACUCAUGGCCACACUGAGGAACACCAACCCCAACUUUGUUCGCUGCAUCAUUCCCAACCACGAGAAGAAGGCUGGAAAGCUGGACCCCCACCUGGUUCUGGACCAGCUCAGGUGUAACGGAGUGCUGGAGGGGAUCCGUAUCUGUAGGCAGGGAUUCCCCAACCGCAUUGUUUUCCAGGAGUUCAGACAGAGGUAUGAAAUCCUGACUCCAAACGCCAUUCCCAAGGGCUUYAUGGACGGGAAGCAGGCCUGCGUCCUCAUGAUCCAGUCUCUGGAGCUGGAUGCCAACCUGUACCGCAUUGGCCAGAGCAAAGUGUUCUUCAGGGCCGGAGUCCUGGCUCACCUGGAGGAGGAGAGGGACAUGAAGAUCACCGACAUCAUCAUCAGCUUCCAGGCCUGGUGCCGAGGCUACGUGGCCCGCAAGGCUUUUGCAAAGCGACAGCAGCAGCUGACKGCCAUGAAGGUGAUUCAGAGGAACUGUGCUGCUUAUCUUAAACUGAGGAACUGGCAGUGGUGGCGACUCUUCACCAAGGUGAAGCCUCUGCUUCAAGUCAGCCGGCAGGAGGAGGAGAUGCAGGCCAAGGAUGAAGAGCUGCAUAAGGUGAAGGAGAGGCACCUGCAAACUGAGCAGCAGCUCCAGGAGAUGGAGGAAAAACAUCAACAGCUGAAUGCCGAGAAGAUGGCCCUGCAGGAGCAGCUGCAGGCCGAGACAGAGCUCUGCGCCGAGGCCGAGGAGAUGAGAGCCCGCCUGGCCGCCAAGAAGCAAGAGCUGGAGGAGAUCCUCCACGACCUGGAGGCGCGCGUGGAGGAGGAGGAAGAGCGCGCGUCGCACUUGGCUACCGAGAAGAAGAAGAUGCAGCAGAAUAUCUCCGACCUGGAGCAGCAGCUGGAUGAAGAGGAGGCAGCCAGGCAGAAGCUGCAGCUGGAGAAGGUCACUCUGGAGGCCAAGAUGAAGAAGAUCGAAGAGGGCGUCAUGGUUCUCGACGAUCAGAAYAACAAACUGCUCAAGGAGAAAAAGUUGAUGGAAGAGAGAAUCUCUGAAUUCACCACCAACCUGGCAGAGGAGGAGGAAAAAUCCAAGAGUUUACAGAAACUGAAGACGAAACACGAGGCCAUGAUCACAGACCUGGAAGAUCGGCUGCGUCGGGAGGAGAAGGCGCGUCAGGAGCUGGAGAAGAACAGACGCAAGCUGGAGGGCGACUUCACCGAGACGCACGACCAGAUCGCCGAGCUCCAGGCUCAGAUCGCCGAGCUGCGCGCCCAGCUGGCCAAGAAGGAGGAGGAGCUGCAGGCCGCCCUGGCCAGAAUCGAGGAGGAGGCCGCCCAGAAGAACAUGGCUCAGAAGAAGAUUAGAGAGCUGGAGGCUCAGCUGUCCGAGCUGCAAGAGGACCUGGAGCUGGAGAAGCAGGCCCGCGUGAAGGCCGAGAAACACCGCAGGGACCUGGGGGAGGAACUGGAGGCYCUGAAGACGGAGCUGGAGGACACCCUGGACUCUACAGCRGCUAUGCAGGAGCUCAGGACCAAACGUGAGACGGAGGUGACUCACCUGAAGAAGAGCCUGGAGGAAGAAGCCCGAGUCCACGAGCAUCAGCUGGCUGAGAUGAGGCAGAAGCACAGCCAGGCCUUCGACGAGCUUAACGAGCAACUGGAGCAGGCGAAGAGGAACAAAGUGUCGAUGGAGAAGGCCAAACAAGCCUUGGAGUCUGAGAAGAACGAGYUGACCAUCGAGCUGCAGACGCUGAUGCAGGGCAAGACCGACUCCGAGCACCGUAGGAAGAAGGCCGAAGGACUGACACAGGAGCUGCAGGCCAAAUACUCUGAGGCCGAGCGCCAGAGGGUGGAGCUGGCUGAGAAACUGGCUAAAGUGCAGGCUGAGCUGGACAAUGUUAGCGGCAUUUUGAGCGAGGCUGAGGGCAAAUCCAUAAAGGCCAGUAAAGACUUCUCAGCUGUGGAAUCCCAGCUGCAGGACGCCCAGGAACUCCUCCAAGAAGAGACGCGUCAGAAGCUCUCCCUCAACACUCGUCUGCGGCAGCUGGAGGACGAACAGAACAACCUGAAAGAGCAGCUGGAGGAAGAGGAGGAAGCCAAGAAGAAUGUGGAGCGGCAGCUUCAGACAGUGCAGGCUCAGCUUGCUGACAUGAGGAAGAAGGUGGAGCAGGACGCCGGCUCCCUGGAGUCCGCCGAGGAGGGGAAGAAGAGACUGCAGAGGGACCUGGAGGGCACCAACCAGCGGCUGGAGGAGAAAUGCGCCGCGUUCGACAAGCUGGACAAAACAAAGACGCGUCUGCAACAGGAGCUGGACGACCUGCUGGUGGACCAGGACCACCUCCGGCAGAUCGUCUCCAACCUGGAGAAGAAGCAGAAGAAGUUUGACCAGAUGCUCGCAGAGGAGAAGAACAUCUCUGCGCGCUACGCGGAGGAGCGAGACCGAGCCGAAGCUGAGGCACGUGAGAAAGAAACCCGUGCUCUGGCUCUGACCCGAGAACUGGAAUCUCUGAUGGAUGUCAAGGAGGAGCUGGACCGCAACAACAAGCUGCUGCGCGCCGAAAUGGAGGAUCUGGUUUCAUCUAAGGAUGACGUGGGCAAGAACGUCCACGAGCUGGAGAAGUCCAAGCGUGCCAUGGAGCAGCAGCUGGAGGAGAUGAGGACWCAGCUGGAGGAGCUGGAGGACGAGCUGCAGGCCACGGAGGACGCCAAGCUGCGUCUGGAGGUCAACAUGCAGGCCAUGAAGGCCCAGUACGAGAGAGACCUGGCAGGGCGCGACGAGAUGGGAGAGGAGAAGAAGAGAGCUCUGGUCAAACAGGUGCGUGAGAUGGAGAUGGAGCUGGAAGACGAGAGGAAGCAGCGAUCUGCCGCCGUGGCGGCACGCAAAAAGCUGGAGCUGGACCUGAAGGAACUGGAGGCCGCCAUCGACACGGCCAACAAGAACCGCGACGAGGCCCUGAAGCAGCUCAAGAAGCUUCAAGCUCAGAUGAAGGAUCUGCUCCGAGAGCUGGAGGACACUCGCAUGUCCAGAGACGAGAUCCUGGCCCAGAGCAAGGAGACGGAGAAGAAGCUGAAGGCCAUGGAGGCCGACAUGAUCCAGAUGCAGGAGGAGCUGGCAGGAGCAGAGCGAGUGAAGCGACAGGCCAUGCAGGAGAGAGACGAGCUGCAGGACGAAAUCAACAACCAGGCUGCCAAGAACGCUCAGGCUGCGGAGGAGAGGAGGCGGCUGGAGGCUCGCAUCACCCAGCUGGAGGAGGAGCUGGAGGAGGAGCAGUGCAACACGGAGCUGAUCAACGACCGGCUGAAGAAGUCCAUGCUGCAGACCGACCAGAUCAACGUGGAGCUGACCGCAGAGCGCAGCACCUCCCAGCGGCUGGAGGGCGCGCGCAGCCAGCUGGAGCGCCAGAACAAGGAGCUGAAGCUGAAGCUGCAGGAGCUCGAGGGAACCGUCAAGUCCAAGUACAAAGCCAACAUGGCCGCCCUGGAGGCAAAGAUUGCCCAGCUGGAGGAGCAGCUGGACAUCGAAACCAGGGAGAGGCAGACUGCCACCAAACUGGUGAGACGCACCGAGAAGAAGCUGAAGGAAGUCAUCCUGCAGGUGGAUGACGAGAGGCGCAGUGCAGAGCAGCACAAGGACCAGGCGGACAAGUUGAACUCUCGCAUGAAGCAGCUGAAGCGCCAACUGGAGGAGACCGAGGAGGAGGCCCAGAGGGCCAACGCCAACCGAAGGAAGCUCCAGAGGGAGCUGGAGGACGCCACGGAGUCUGCAGACGCCAUGAACCGMGAGGUGGCCUCCCUCAAGAGCAAGCUGAGRCGUGGCGACUUGCCCUUCAGUGUAACUCGCCGUACUGUCCCUCGCGUGGAAAACGUGGAGAGCGAUGAGGAAGCUGAGCCCAAGACCGAAGCCCCGGAGCCCCAAGCUUGAAGGGCCCCAUCCUCCGGCCCCUCUGCCACUCGCCUCCUCCACGCUGAAUCCUAACCAGAAAGAGCAGCAAAUACUGUAAAGAAGAAAGAAAAUCAUGUCCAGACUAUAGGCAGGGAUUCUGCUCAGUCCAAGUUCAGUCCGAUCUAUCCGAACAGGAUCAAACUAUGCAUCCAUAACAGCUACACGCCAGUAAACGUAGACAAUCGCUAUUCCAACACACUCUCACAUUCAUUUUUUUUUUGGCUCAAUUUCUUUCAUCACUUCCUUUUUCAUUCUCUGGGAAAAGUAACUAUUUUUAUAAGGAAAAUUUAGACUUGUAAUAGACCUGAUUUAGGAUUUAUUUUUCUAAUAGAAGGGAAAAUAAAAGAAUGAAUCCAAUUACAUGGAAGGGGACCAAAGUAAAUAUCAAGUAGAAGUUUCUAUUAUGCAGACAUUCUUUUUGUUUAGUUUAUAAUAAUGGCUAAGAAUGGAAAAUGCUUCAUGUGUAUCAUGCUCAUUUGUCCCUCUUCUUCGAGGUUCAUAAAGAUUUAUGCAAUAUCCUGAAAUGUACUCGACACGCCUAGCUACGAUUAGCGCUYGUUUCGAUGUUUUGGCCGAGAAUAUUUUGUACGUGUAGUCGACCGGAGACGUCCAGAAAGUGUUUAAUUGGUGCGCUGAAAUUUUCUUAAUUUUGCACUGAGACAGAAGAARAGUUAUGAACCUAAAUGACGUACCACUGCGUUUGUGGAGUUCCAACAAAACGGCAAAGAUGCAGCUUUGAAGUCUUUGAGUGACCAUGCGCGCACACACACUGCCAACACACACUAUAAAAAGCCUUAAAUGCAACUGACACCUACUUGGCAGGGUUCACGGCUGUUUGUUUUUGCUUUCUGGACGUACAUUGAUUGUCGUUUUUCUCGCCAUCAGUGUUUUUCGUAUGUUCAGGGUGAAGUAUAAAUGAUAGGGUAGCUUUUUUUUUUGUUUGUUUGUUUGUUUUUUUUGACUCGCAGCACACACUGUAUUCUUAGGGCACAGCUUGCYAAGAGAGAUGAACCAAAGGCAGAUAUAAGAGGGAGGGAGAUUCUUUGAUACUCUACAGCUUGGCAGCUGUGUGGGAYGGAUAAGAGAUUGUGUUUGCAUGCAAUCUGGUGGAGAUAUCGCGACGUGAAGCCCCUCACAGGCUGUGCCCAGGGUCACCUUUUGGCUCACACUGCUGGAAAGUGAGAGAAUUGUGUUGUUACUUCCAAAAUAACGACUCAUAAUUYGAAAGAUUGCAGAUUUCGUACCUACUAAACAAAGGCGAUCCAAAAGAAAAAAAAGGAUUUUUAAAAAAUAAUGUCCACCAGUUAUUUUGUAACGUUUAUCACCGCAACUCUGGCAUGGAUGUCAUGUGGUCAAUUAUGAUAUUGCAAAUAAAGAUGCUUUCUAAACUGCCA